AUUCAAUAUUGGAGUCCAAGUAUUGAAAAAUACAUUUCUUUUCAAAUAAAUUUUUUUAAUUCAUUAUUGCACAUACUAAACAUGAUAAUACAAUAACGAUUAAAACUUUUCAAUAAAAUGCAAGAAACUAACACAGGACGUGGACCACUGCCAGAAAGAUGGCUUUAUUGUCCAAGAAAGUCAGAUUCUCUUAUAGCAGAUAAAUUUUUAGCAUUCAAGACACCACUUUGUGAUAGAUUUUCUUCAAAAAUGCCUGAAGAGUGUUUAUUUACCCCAAAAAUGUUACUGCAAAUCAUGAAAUCAUACAAAGUAAAGCUAGGACUGUGGAUUGAUUUGACCAAUACUAAUCGGUUUUACGAUCGAAGCGAAGUUGAAACCAAUGAUUGCAAAUAUAUAAAAUUGACAUGUCGUGGUCAUGGCGAAACUCCGUCGCCCGAGCAAACAAGAUCUUUUAUUGAAAUUGUAGACGACUUUAUUAGAGAUCAUCCUCUUGAAACAAUCGGUGUGCAUUGUACUCAUGGAUUCAAUCGAACAGGAUUCUUGAUAGUGUCGUACAUGGUAGAAAAAAUGGAUUGUUCGGUUGUUGCUGCUCUUUAUGCGUUUCAACAAGCCAGGCCUCCAGGCAUAUAUAAGUCAGAUUAUAUAAAGGAAUUAUUAAACCGAUAUGGCGAUGAAGAUGAAACUUUCACAGCUCCAAUAAAACCGGAUUGGUCAAAUGAUAUGUGUUUUCAAGAUGAAACAGAAGAACAUAGCACUUCUGAAACGAUUGCGACUAAAAGAAAGGCAUUUGAUGGGGAAGCUGGUCAAAAUAGUUGUGACAACACAAAUGAUUUUCACAAAAGAAAAAGAAGAAAAGAGUUUAUGAAUAUAAAUGCUACAUUUAUGGCGGGAGUUCCUGGAGUUGAACUAUUCAUUACACAGCCUCGUUUAUCCGAUCUACAAAAUCAAGUACAACAAAUGUGUGACUGGACAAAAAAUGGAUUCCCAGGCUCUCAACCCGUUUCAAUGGACCGCUCUAACAUUAAAUUGUUACAGAUAAAACCUUACAUGGUAUCUUGGAAAGCAGAUGGAACGCGGUACAUGAUGUUCAUUGAAAAGGAAAAUGAAAUUUAUUUUUUUGAUCGAGAUUUUUCCUGUUUCAAGGUCUCAAAUUUACGUUUUCCCUCAAAAAAUGAGCCUGAUAAACAUAUUAUGUGUACUCUUUUAGACGGUGAAAUGGUAAUUGAUAAAGUGAAUGGCCUCAGUAUUCCCAGAUAUCUUGUCUAUGAUAUCAUUAAAUUCAAUAAUGAGGAAAUUGGAUCAAGAUCCUUUAUAGACCGAUUAAAAUGUAUUGAUAAGGAAAUUAUAGCUCCUAGACAUGAAGCCAUGAAACGAGGUGCUAUCAACAAGCAAAAGGAACCAUUUAGUGUUCGGAAAAAAGAUUUUUGGGAAGUAAGUGCUGCUUCUUCUUUGUUGGGAGAAAAGUUUGCAAAAAGUUUAAGUCAUGAACCUGACGGACUUAUAUUUCAACCAAAAAUGGAUCCAUAUACACCUGGUCAGUGUCCGGAAGUUUUGAAAUGGAAGCCUCCCGAGUUAAAUUCUGUAGAUUUCAAAUUGUUAAUUAAAGAAGAAAGUGGGAUAGGUUUACUAACAAAAAAAGUUGGCUUUUUGUACGUCGGAGGAUUGGAAGCUCCUUUUGCACAAAUAAAAGUGACAAAGGAUAUUAAACACUUGCAUAAUAAAAUAAUAGAAUGUAAAUUGGAAAACAAUUCUUGGAAGUUUAUGCGUGAAAGGACGGAUAAGUCGUAUCCAAAUAGUUUCAAUACUGCUAAAGCUGUUUGUGAAAGUAUUGUUCACCCCGUAACGAAACAAUUUUUACUGGAAUUUAUCGCACACAAUCGGUUUUUGGACGACACUGAGGCAAUGCCGCCCCCACGAAGAUAAGAACCUCUCUAAAUCUAAACUUUAAAUUUAAAGUAUUGAUUUUUGUCAUACAUAGUGCAGCAGAAAAAAACUGGAAUAUUUCAGUUGUUUUUUAGCAAUAUCAAAUAAAAUUAUUUUUUUAUUGUA